GUUGCCGAUUUUAUCCUGUUUUCAAUGAAAAUUUCGUGAUUUUAUCCCAGUUUAAGAACAGGAGUAUUCUUUUAUCCCAAAGUAAUAUUCGUGGUUUAGCAAAUUUAUCUUAAAACUAGAUAUGGCGGAAGUUUCUUUGCUCAUCGACGGCCAGGUGUUUAAAGCGAAAAAAGAAGUUUUAUGCGAGCACAGCGAUUAUUUUCGCGCUAUGUUCAGCGGUAACUAUGUGGAAAAUGACAAAAAAGAAAUAUCCAUAGACGUGAUUGACGCUGAAUCUAUGAAAAUAAUAUUGCAUUACAUGAACAUAGGUUUAAUAGAUCUCACAGAAUAUUCCUUAUCCAUUAUUAGUGAGUUGGUAACUGCUGCAAACUUCUUACAAAUCACAGAGUUAAUUAAGCAAAUAGAGUAUACUUUGGAACUCCAAAUAUCACCAGCUAGCUGUAUGGAAAUCAUGAAUAUCGCCCAGAAUUCAGCAUUUACUCAGAUAGAACAACUGUCCGCCACAUGUGGCUUACUUUCAUUUAAGUCUAUGAAGCCAGAAUACAUUCCGAACUUAACCAAACUUUGCUGGUAUCUAUCGCACCCAUAUUUAAAUGCUUCCAGUGAACUUGAUGUAUUUAACUUUGGCCAUACGUGGCUUUUAGAAAAUGAAACUGGCGGUGAUGCAUUACUAAUUAUUCUUGGUUGUUUAGACAUUAAAAAGCUCAAUCUUUCCGAUAUAGCACAAAUCAAAACUUGUAUGUUAGGAUACCAGAACAGCUUAGCUGCUAAAGUUGUCGACUGUCUUCACAAUUUGGCGGUACUUGACAUGGAGUUGUCUGUAGUCGCAAUACAAUCGCAAGAAAAGAUGUUGACGCAUACAUAUACAGAGGGAGUUUAUAAUGAAACCUUGAGCAUGGUUAAGGAAAGCCGAUCUAGAUCUUUAGCUUACACUCCAGCGGUGCCAGUUUGGGCGAUGAAGGACUCUAAGUUGGAGAUGGUACCGCACCAUAUGUAUACGUUUAGGGAAAAAGUUGGUUUUGAGAACUGGCUGGAAGUUGCUGAGAAGAAUCUGUGGGGUUGGAGCGUUGUGGGCUGGGGACCAACGAAGAUUGUGGUUGUUUGUGGAGAACAUGGGAGAGGCACGGGGUUAUUCAUGAAGGAUGUGAAAGUCUACGAUGUGUUAAAGAAAGAGUGGGCUCGGCAUGGAGUGGAGUUGCCUGCUCGGAGACACGGAGGAGUAGCCGUUAUGGAGGACUCCCUUUAUCUUAUUGGAGGCGUAGGUGGGUUUAGGGUAACAUUGGACACUGCAGUGGUAUACGACUUGAAACGGCGCUCGCACAGGAAGAUCGCUAAUCUACCAGACGCCAUACAGAACCCAGCCGUGUGCGCUCACGAAGGCACCAUAUACGCCGCGGGACACAACAACAUAUACCAGUACGAGGACUUGGGAGACACAGAUCGAUGGACAACGGUAGUCGGCACUCAGAUCCGGUCGAGCUGUAUGGCGUCGUUUAAGGGCUACAUUUACUGUACGCAGAGCUACUUCAGCCAGCUUUACCGCUUCAGGCCCGGAGUGGACGACCGGCUCUAUGUGGUCACCCAGUUUACCAAUCCACCGGCCACUUUUUGUAACUUAGGUAAGAUAACGGUAGUCGCCACAGAUCCAGUCGAGCUGUAUGGCGUCGUUCAAGGGCUACAUUUACUGCACGCAGAGCUACUUCAGCCACCUUUACCGCUUCAGGCCCGGAGUGGACGACCGGCUCUAUGUGGUCACCCAGUUUACCAAUCCACCGGCUACUUUUUGUAACUUAGGAAACCGUCUACUAUUCUUCACUCGCUCUAUGUGCGGUCAAGCCGACGUCCUAAACGUAGAAGAAUACCUCGGAAAUAGCACAGAAGAGAAGCCAAAAGUCAUCUGGCGGCAAAGCGAGAGCGCGAUAAAGCUUAACGAUGUGGCUGGCUCCUGUUCAUUGGUGUUGUCUGUACCACCAUUAUGGCCAGAUAGCUCGAAUUAUACUAAGAAGUAUUUAAAGAGGUAUGAAACACAGUAAUGUGAGUGUUUAACGUUAAAGCUGUCAAAA